GUUCCUCCAGGGGCGCUACGUUCGCUUCCAAAAUAGUUAAAGAUUUUAUUAAACAAAAUCACUUCAAUUCAAUAAAAUUAAAUACAAAAAGAAAGAAAAAUUGUGUUUAAAUACCAUAUAUUUAACAACAAAAUCUUAAAAACUGCUUAAAUUUGGCUUUGCUGGGAAUAUGGGGUAAAUUUGUGUACGCCUCUGACGUGCACCCUCUUAAACGUCGAGUCCAUGGGGUCGCAUCUGUCACAUUUGCUCGUUCCGACAUUUAUAAACCUUUAUAAGCAGUGAUUGCGUGUUGUGUCGGUUUGGUGUGUGGUUUUUACUUUAAUCAACAAACUAAACAACAAAGUAAAAUUAAAUGGUGCAAAGAAAGUGUAAAAAGAAAAUAUUUAGUUAAUAAUAAUAACAGAAAAUGUGCGAGAUUAUCAAUGUGAAGACAACUAUUUACUGAUAACAGCAACGAGAAUAACCUACAAAAGAUACAGCAACAAAUAUUUCAACAAACCCGUCGAUAGCAAUAAAGUGAGGUUAUUCCAUAUAUUAGUCCAUAGAAAAUUUAAGAGAUAAUUGAGGUGUUAGUAUAAUGAAUAAAAUAAUGAAGUCGUUCGAAUGUGAGUCUUCAUCCGAGGGUGACGAACCAACAGCAUACCCCAUCUCGCGGGGAAUGCCCGGAGCCACUCAUCAGUGGUUAAGAGCGAACGCUCCACCCGGAUGGGGAUGGCCUAAUUCAGGUGCAUCAUCAAGUAUUGGUGGUCCAAGCAGUUCCAAUCUACCAAUCGACGCUGGCUUUGCUCCAUUUGCGCACCAUUCAACAGAAGAAGGCCAAAUACCCGGCCGAAGAACUCCUUUGGGUGCUGUUGGCCUGAGCGGCUUUCAAUUUCAGUGUCAGCCGAAUCUAAGUCAUGAAAUACCCUCGGAUGAAAACAAUCCGGACCCGCCAAAUCCACCUACUUCAAGAUCUCCUACAAAUCGAGCCACGCCAAACUCUCAAAACCAACAACCGGGUAAAGGUAAAAACCGUCAGGGUAAAGCCGUCAGGCUGAACAUCAACGCACGUGAAAGACGUCGAAUGCACGAUUUGAACGACGCCCUGGACGAACUGCGUUCGGUAAUCCCUUAUGCGCAUUCACCAUCGGUGCGGAAGCUGUCAAAAAUCGCCACUUUACUUCUAGCGAAAAACUACAUCCUCAUGCAGGCGAACGCCUUGGAGGAGAUGAAAAGACUGAUUGCCUAUUUGCAAGGCACCGCAAACACGGCCACCAUUGUUGCACCGCCUGGCUUUGACCUGCAAGGCUUCCCGGCCGCUGCGAAAUUUCUGCAACAACAGCAACAACAAGUUAAUGAAGCUGCUAACCAGGCACAGGUUCAAGCUAGGACUGGCGAGAGAAGUGCCAAUCAGCCAACAACACAAAAUCUUUAAAGUUAAACACUCGUACAAAGAAAUGAAUAAGCAAUGAAAAGUUAGGUUAGAAUUGCCUCACUGUGAUGUGUCCAUUUAGAGGCGAAAAAACACGACAAAUUUUAGCAGUUUAGAGAGUAUUUAGCUGCUGGUGUUCUAGUCAUACAUAGAUACUUACUUUUUCAUCUAUAUUUACGAAUUCUAGUGGAGUAGUUGUGGUAAUUUUAGGUUAGAGUAGAGAUUUUAUUUAUCGUGAGAUAUGCCAAAACAAGACGCCAAACAAGAUUGAUAUUUUAUGUUUGAAAGUGAAUUUAUACAUGUACGACUAUAUGAAAUGUAGUAAUAAAUAUGUGCGUAUUUAA